AUGAUGCGGAAAAACAGCGAACGGCCUGCUGGUCUUCACUUUCAUAGGAAACCCUACAAAAACAUAAUCAGUGUGGAUACCACUGAGAGAAUUAAGAUAUUCUUGGAACGAGACGAUAACAGCAGAGCAACAACAGGGAAAAGGGAGACACUCACCCGACAGAAGGAACAGAACCCCUCUGCAACAACCCUGCAUGUCAUAAGUGACGGCCCUACAACCCAGUACCGAUCCAAGAAGAAUUUUUAUUUACUCUCCACAAUACCCUUUAGGUUUGGGUUCAACAGGGUGACCUGGAACUUUUUGGAGGCCGGGCAUGGCAAAGGGCCUGCGGAUGGAGUUGGGGCAGCAAUAAAACGAAAUGCUGAUGCUAUUGUUGCCCGUGGAAUAGAUAUACCAAGUGGUGAGAUCCUCUUCGAUGUCCUGUCGAAGGAGCAAUCAAAGAUCAAGCUCUUCCAUGUCACUGAAGAAGACAUUUCAGCAAAGGAUGCCUUGCUACCAAAUCAACUGGAAACAGUUCAUGGAACAAUGAAAAUACAUCAGAUUUUCACCAACAAUCCAGGUCACAUCAAGUGGCGAGUACUCAGCUGUUUCUGUUCAGCUCCAGAGGAGUGCAAGUGCUAUGGCCCACAGACAGUGGCCAUUCAGCGAGAUGAGCCAACUACAAGCCAGGAAGGAUCACCCCUGGAUCUGCAGCCACCUGAGAUGGACAUACAGCCAUCAACACUUGUCCCCAUUUCAGAGAUCACAGAUCAACUGAUAGGACAAUGGUGUGCCAUUCAAUAUGACCAAGAUGUGUAUCCAGGCAUCAUUCAGGAUGUAGAUGCAGCAGGUUGUACCCUUGUGAAAACAAUGAGCAUCAUUGGCAAGAACCGUUUCUUUUGGCCUAUGAAAGAUGAUGUCCUGUGGUAUCAGCCACAUGAUCUGCUUGGUCUUGUCCCAGAGCCCCAGCCUGUCACAAAAAGGCACAUGAGGCUACCAGAGAAUGUGUGGGAGAUGUUGUGCUCCCUCAGAGAAUGAGACAAACUUGUGUCUAAGGUUUAUAUUGGUAGCACACUCUAAACUGUCAAAAUAUCUUUUUACAAAGUGAUAUUUGAGUGCUGUUAAUUUAAAAAAGUGCUAAAAAAUAAAGCCAGACACUUUAAUUCUGCUAUUGAGGUUCUGCACAUGAUGAGUUUUUAUAUUGUUAAGUGCAUUUUCUUAUUGCUAGUGUGUAAAAUCAAUUGGUUACUUAUGUGGUUGUUGCAGUCACAGAAUGUGAUAUAUGUUUUUUACUGACUUAAAUACUAUUUUUCUUACUCUACUGUAUUUCGUACUAGUAUUUGUCUUUCAAUGACAUUGUUCUGAUGAUUUGUAUAAGCUGGUUGAUAAUCACCGGCAGGUCCCUGACUGUUGUUUAAUAUGGGUCACGCCACUGUUGCUGUGCAUGAAUUAAAAUGCUACACACUUA